AUGGAAAUCCCAGUCAUAAAGAUGGAUGAGCUGCAUGUCGAGAAGAGGCCAGAGAUGCUUUCACUACUCCAUGAUGCCUGUGCACAAUGGGGUUUCUUUUGGCUUGAGAACCAUGGGGUCAAUGAGGAACUCAUGAACAAAAUCAAGCGGUUGGUGAACAAACACUACGAGCAAAACAUGGAGAAGAGGUUUUAUGAUUCUGAGAUGGCAAAGAACCUGGGACCUGAUAAUGUUGCCUCAAAUGUUGAUUGGGAGUGCAGUUUUAUGUAUCGUCAUCAGCCAAAAUCAAACAUUUAUGAUAUUCCCGAGCUGGUCCGUACCACGUUCCCUGAAUACGCUGAAGAAUUAAUCAAGUUGGCUGAGCAGCUAGCAGAAGUUAUGAGUGAGAAUCUUGGGCUUGACAAGGAUUACUUGAAGAAGGCAUUCUCUAAGCCUUCUGUAGGAAUAAAGGUGGCCAAGUAUCCCAGGUGCAGUAAUCCAGAACUUGUGAUGGGCCUCCGGGGACACACCGAUGCUGGAGGAAUCAUACUUCUACUUCAAGAUGACUUGGUCCCUGGUUUGGAGUUCUUGAAAGAUGGUAAAUGGAUGCCAAUACCACCAACACAAGCUAAUAGAAUUUUUGUAAACCUUGGAGAUCAGAUUGAAGUGAUGAGCAAUGGAAUAUAUAAGAGCAUUUGCCAUCAGGUAGUACCCAAUAGGAAUGGGAGCCGUCUAUCUAUUGCAACAUUCUACAAUCCAGGUCCAGAUGCUAUAGUCUUCCCAGCUCCAAAGCUUACGUAUCCUAGCCAAUACCGAUUCAAAGACUACCUUGAUUUCUAUUCGACUACAAAGUUCACUGACAAGGUAUCAAGGUUCCAAAAUACAAAGAUGAUAUUCAAGUGACUGACAUGUCAAAAGCCACUAUCUGUACGGUGUACCUCCCAAUAGAAAAAGUCAAGUUGUCCUCAUAAAAAAAUAUUAGUUGUAUUGUCAAGACUUUAUUUUUUAGUGGAGGGAUAAAGUUCUUGCUUUACAUGUAUCUGUUGUAACUUAUAAGUUGCU